CGUGUGCCUCCGGGAGGGAGUGCCCAGGCCGCACAGUGGGAUCAUUGUGUCCAGUCCGAAGAGGGCUUGUUUGUUGUCUUCAGAGCAAACAUGUUCUCCAGAGGUGCAGUGCAGAGGAUGGCGCCUUUAAAGAUCAGGCCGCUCUUUUGACACAUCUCGGGAGGCAUGUCUCGCAAAAGCGUCUUGGUGUUUGUCCUCCUGGCUCUGCUGUGGCACCAGUCGCUCGCUCAGGUGUUCAACCUGACGCUGACGGUCAAAGAAGGCCUUCCCGCUGACACCAUCGUUGGAGACCUGGGUGCUGGCUUCAGUACGCCCAGCACAGGGUUUUUCAUCUCCGAGAGCAGAGACUCGUACGUCUUCAGAGACCUGGAAAUCGACCCGGACACCGGGCUCAUCUCCACUGCGGUGGUUCUGGACCGAGAGAGCCGAGACAUUUAUGAAUUUGUGGCGGCAACACUUACAGGUGAGGUGAUCCGAGUCAAAAUCUUAGUUGAGGACGUCAACGAUCAUUCGCCGGUGUUUCCUUCAGAGGAGGUUGAGUUAGGGAUAUCUGAGUUGUCCCCCUUUGGGAGCCGGUUCCAGUUGGAGGGAGCUAGAGACCAAGAUGUUGGGGAGUUUGGUACCCAAGGCUAUAGAAUCUCAGAGGGCAGGAUGGCAGAGAUGUUCCAACUGGAGUACCGUAACGGCAACCUGGAUCUGAUCCUGGUGAGCAAGCUUGACAGAGAGGCUCAGGACUUCUACUCGCUCACCAUUGAGGCCUUCGAUGGUGGCAUCCCAGCCAGGACCGGGGCGCUUCAGGUCAACAUCCACAUCCUGGAUGAGAACGACAACCCGCCGGUGUUCAACCAGACGGAGUAUCAUACUUCGAUUAUGGAAAGUGCUCCAGUGAUGUCGACAGUGUGUCAGGUUCAUGCCACAGACCAGGACCAGGGCGAGAACUCUCGGAUCACCUACGAAAUCAACCACCGCCAGAGCGACCCUCAUGAGAUCUUCUCCAUCAAUGAGACCACCGGGGAGAUUUACCUCAACAAGCCUCUUGACUUCGAGGCCAACAGCUUCCAUGAGUUGAUCGUCACUGCCAGAGACAACGGGGCUCAGCCGGAGCAGAGCAGUGCCCACGUGGGCGUGAAGGUCCUCAACGUCAAUGACAACAGUCCGACCAUCAACGUGUUGUUUCUCAGUGAAGCAGGAGAUGCAGUGGUCUCGGAAGCAGCAUCUCUUGGCGAUUACGUUGCCCGGGUUUCUGUGUCGGACCCAGACGUGGAUACGGCAGAGAUUGCGGUUGCCCUCGAGGGCGACGAUGGGAUGUUCGCCCUGAAGCAGACAGAUGACUUCCUGUUCGCUUUAUGUGUCAAUGCAAAGCUGGACAGAGAAGAGAAGGACCUCUAUGAGCUGAAGGUUCGGGUGACAGAUUUUGGGUCGCCCCCUCUCAGCAGUGAGACAGUCCUGCUAAUACGAGUGAUGGACAGUAACGACUGUCCACCGGUUUUCGACAGGGACACGUAUACAGUCAACGUCAGGGAGGACGCACCUAUUGGUGCCUCCCUGAUCCAGAUCCAGGCCCGGGACGCAGAUGAAGGUCCAAACUCAGACCUCAGAUACUCCAUCCUCAGAUCUAACCAGGACCAACUGAUCAGCAUCGACCCGCUGACGGGUCUGGUCAUGACGGCAGCAGGUUUGGAUCGAGAGAGGCAGGCGGAGGUUUGGUAUCUGGUCAUGGCGGAAGACGGAGGAGAACCUGCGCUGUCAUCUACAGCCACAGUUACCCUGAGGAUAGAGGAUGUCAACGACAAUGAGCCGAUGUUCCUGCAGCCGCUUUACAAUGUGUCUAUCCCUGAACACAGCGACGCCGGAACCUGCUUUUUACAGGUGGUGGCCAGAGACCUGGACAGCGCUGAGUUUGGGUCGCUGCUCUAUUCUCUCUCGGAUGGCUUCGACGGACAGAACCAGCACUCCCUCUUCCAGGUCCAACCCCAGACGGGGGAGCUGUGUGUCGCCGGGGACAUCGAUCGAGACGCCGGGACAACUUUCCACGACCUAGUGGUCCGAGUUGAAGAUCCAGGUGGUCUCAGCGCUCAGACCUACGUCCACAUCGAGAUCGAAGACCUGAACGACAACGCUCCGGUCUUCAACCCUGCUGAGUACACCACCAGCAUCAGCAGCCACACACACCCGGGCGCAGAACUUCUCACAGUCCUGGCUGCAGAUCCAGACUCCGGCAGGUUCGGGCAGGUCUUCUACCAACUCCUCCCGGGGGACUUGUCCAGCAUGUUCACGCUUGAUAAACACACAGGAACACUCUUCUUGACCUCCGCUCUGACCCAUCUUGGUGCGGCCGGCAUCAAACUGUACGUGACAGCUCAGGACGGCGGUGGCCUGACCUCGGUGCGACCGGCAGAGAUCACCAUCGGUGUCGUCCGCAGCUCUCAGGCUCCACCCACAUUCCAGCGCUCGAGAUAUUCCUUCAGCGUUCCUGAAGAUGCUGCCGCGGGAUCCAGCGUGGGGAUAGUAGAGGCUGCCAGCUCUGCCGAUUCUACAGAGUCUGUGUUCUACCGAAUCUCCUCCGGCGACCCUCAUGGUCUGUUCUCUGUUCAUCCAACAUCUGGACUGAUCAGCACCCUCAAAGCUCUGGACCAUGAGUCGCAGCCGUACGCUCUGCUGGUUCUCCAGGCCUACUCUGGGUCUUCGCCCGUCUACAGCACCACACAGGUCAAUGCCACCAUCCUAGACUUGAACGACAACACUCCGGUUUUCCCCAAAUCCUCCGACUCUGUCGUCGUGUCUCAGAACACCCCACCUGGAACGGUGGUGUUUAUUGCGCACGCACAUGACGAAGACAGCGGUGCAAACGGCAGAGUGCUCUACUUCCUGAAGAGCAGCAGGGACGGCAUGUUUGCUGUCGACCACAGCUUUGGAACAGUCAUACUAAACCGGAGUUUGCAGGCAGAAACCCCGACACGUCAUCAGCUGCUGAUUGUAGCUCAAGACGAAGGAGUGCCGUCGCUGAGCUCCACGCUGACCCUCACUGUCAGUGUGGACCACAGCAGUGCUGAGCACAACCUGGCCUUCGAGACGUUGGUCUACCAGGUGGAGAUCGGCGAGGGAUACAGGAAAGAUGCCCGGGUUAUCCAAGUGAGGGCGCACCAGAGCCAAGACUCUCACACAAGCGUCGCCUAUUCCCUGGCUGCCGAGGUGGGGUUUCCUCUCCCUCCGUUUCGCAUUCACCCACAGACGGGCUGGUUGUAUCUGACCCACAACUUGGACUACGAAACAGAGCCAGCCUUUCACUUUAAAGCGUUAGCUACUACAAAGGAUGGCGCUAACGCCACAGCGACAGUGAUCGUCCAGGUGCUGGACAUUAACGACAACAUUCCAGAGUUCAGCACUGACGCCUACUACUUCACUGUGUCUGAGGGUACGUCGCCUCAAGGCCUAGUGGGCAAAGUCGAGGCUGUAGACAAGGACUCGGGGAAGAACGGCCAACUGACCUACAUCCUGCUCUCUGAUGGGAAGUUCUUCCGCAUCAACGCGAAAACAGGUGAAAUCUUUAACUGGGUGGCGUUGGAUCGGGAGCAGCACUGCCAGCACAGGUUAAAGGUCAUGGUGACGGACCAAGGACACCCCAGACUCAACUCCACUGCCACUGUCCACAUCCUGGUCACCGACGUUAACGACAACGCUCCGCACUUCACUCACCUGCCUGCUAGCAAGGAGACAAACGUCCAGAUGUGGGCCGGAGUGCCAGCUGGCUCUCGGGUGACGACCAUGUUUGCCAAGGACGUGGACGCAGGAGAAAAUGGAACCAUUACUUUUUCAAUAGCCACAGACGACAUGGAGGAAACUUUGGGGCAUUUUGAGAUUGACAGCAGAACAGGAGACAUCAGAAACACAGAACUCUUCAGCCACGAGGUGCAACAGUUUUACACUCUCAAGGUCAUAGCCUGCGAUAAAGGAAGUCCCUCACUACAGGAAGUUGCUACCAUUCACAUACAGGUCCAUGGAGUGGAGGCCCACUAUGGUCACGCUGAGCAGCCGAUUGUGAGAAUAUUUUCGGUGAAAGAGGACAGAGCUCCAGGGACAGUUAUUGGCUCUGCUGCGGUGUCCGAUGAUGGAAGGUUUCACUACUCCAUCAUGGAGGGAGAUGGCAGCAUCAACUUUGGGAUUGACGGCUCCUCUGGCGACAUUUACAUCUACCAGCCUCUGGACUACGAGUCUGUGGUGCAGUACUUCCUCCUGAUCUGCGCUGAGGAUGCUCCACUCACUUCUGGGGUGAACGUGACUUUGCUGGUCAGUGUGACAGUGGAGGACGUAAAUGACCACUCGCCCUGGUUCCCCGAUCCACUGGUCACCCUCGGUGUGAGGGAGGACGCUGCAGUGGGUACCAUGAUCUUGGCUUUCCACGCUAAAGAUGCUGAUGGGACAUUUACAAACAGCAAUCUACGUUACUCCUUGGCGUCAGACUCCGGACCGUCACACUCGCCAUUCCAGAUAAACCCACUGACUGGCUGCUUGACCGUAGCAGCACCGUUGGACCGGGAGAGCUCCAGCAGCUUCGCCUUCACGGUGAUGGCCACUGACCGGGCAGAGAGGAGGGAAGAGAGGCGGCAGGCGUGGGCAACUGCUCAGUUGUUUCUGCUGGACGUGAACGAUAACCGACCCAUCUUCACCUCUGCUGACUCGGUUCAGGUGAUGGAGGAUGCAGAGGUGGGAAGUCAGCUGCAUCACUUCAUCACCACGGAUGGAGACAGAGGAGACAACGGAGUGGUCUCUUACUUCCUCAUGGCUGGAGACGCAGACAAACUCUUUACUCUGGAGGAGAAAACAGGUCUCUUGUUUCUGUUGGCUCCUCUGGACUUCGAGACUCAGAGCGUCUACCGUCUGACGGUGCGUGCCGUCGAUCACGGCCGUCCCUCGCUAACUUCCACUCACACUUUAACGGUGGAGGUGGUGGAUGUGAAUGACCAGCCGCCAGUCUUCACCCAAGUGCUUUAUAACGCCAGCGUGGCCGAGAACAGAGACGCAGGAGAGACGGUGAUCCAGGUUUCUGCUACUGAUAAAGACUCAGGUCAGAGCGCGGUGGUGUGGUACAGUCUGCUGCCAGGACCCGGCUACGAGCUCUUCAACAUCGACCCGUACAGCGGUCUGAUCACCACCACGUCGUGCCUGGACAGAGAGCAGCAGCAAACCCUCACCCUCAGAGUCCAGGCUCGCGACAGCAGCGCCCGGCCGUUGUCUGCCACCGCCACAGUGCUGUGUACCGUGCUGGACACCAACGACAAUCCUCCAGAAUUCAUGCAGUCGUCCUUCCAGAUCAGCUUCCCAGAAAACCAACCAGCAGGAAUCAUUUACACAGCCCGGGCGAGUGACCCGGACCAUGGCGAGAACGGAACCGUGCUGUACUCUAUUCUUGGUGAGGACCAAGGGAGUCGCUUCUCCAUCAACAGCAACACUGGAGAAGUGAGCACCAAUAAGAUCCUGGACCGUGAGGACAAGAGGAACUACACACUGACCUUGCAAGCGCGAGACGAUGGGCGUGUACCACUUCACUCCUCCAUGCAGCUCCACUUGGUGCUGCUGGACAUGAAUGACAACGGCCCAACCUUUCUUUGGAAGCGAUACCAGGCUUCAGUAUCUGAGGAGAUACGACCAGGAACUGAAGUCCUACGAGUGGCCGCACUUGAUCCUGAUGAAGGGCCCAACGGAGAUAUAAGCUACUCCCUAACGGAGAACAGCAGUCUUGGGACCUUCUCAAUAGAUGCGUCCACAGGUGUGAUCCGGACCCUCAGGCGCUUGGACAGAGAGCGCUGCUCUCGCUACACUCUCCAUGUGGAGGCUGCUGAUGGCUGCCCUCAAGGUCCGCUGAGUUCUGUGGUGUCAGUGACCAUAGACGUAGAGGAUGUCAACGACCACAUUCCAGUCUGUACAGAAAAUCCAACAGAAGCUUGGGUUUCCACCAAGAGUCUUCCGGGUGAGAUCCUGGCCACGGUCACGGCUACCGAUGCCGAUCGGGGCGAGAACGGAACGGUGCAGUUCUCUUUCCCUGACGAGGAAGACCUCUUCCACAUAAACCAGUCUGGUGAAAUCACACUCAGAAGCCCAGUGGGAGACGGCUUUUCUGGGAAGACACUGCAGGUCGUCGUUUCGGAUGGAGGACGACCUGCAAUGACCUCUACCUGCCUCGUGUUUGUCCACCUGAAGGGGGAAGUCCAGCGACUACAGUUCACCAACAAAGCAUACAAUUCCUCAGUCGACGAAAACAGUCGAGCUGGGACUUGGAUUGGGCAAGUUGAAGCCCUGGAUGAAACAAACGGCCGACAAAGACUCACCUACAGUAUGUUUAGAGGCAGCGAGGGAGACGUUUUCUCCAUUAACCCCCAUACAGGAGAGAUCCGCGUCCAGAAAGACAACGCUCUGGACCACGAGACAAGCCCUCAGAUGGAGCUGGUGGUUUUGGUGGGCAAUGGUCAACAGACUGCUCACUGCAAAGUCACCAUCACUUUACUGGACAUCAAUGACAACAGGCCGGUGUUUGAGCACGACACCUACAGAGCGGCCGUAUGGGAGGGACAAAUGCUCAACACCAGCGUCUUGCAGGUGAGAACUCUGCCCAUAUGCACCGAAGAAACCACCACUGACGCCCUCUCAAUUGUCUCCCAGGUGUUUGCCUUCGAUGACGACAGCGGAAUCAAUGGACAGAUUGAGUAUUCAAUUAUUUCUGGUAACCAUAAUGACGCAUUCGUGCUGGACUCAACUGAAGGGAUUCUCAGAACGAAUGUCUUGUUGGACCAUGAGAUCACCUCCUCCUAUAGGCUGGUUCUGCAGGCUACAGACAGGGGGAGCCCUUCACUCAGCAGCACGACCACAGUCACUGUUCAAGUUGUGGACGUCAAUGACAACAGCCCUGCAAUUCCUCCAUUGGAGCCUGUUUUAAUAGCAGAAAAUCUCCCAGCAGGCUAUGUGGUCACUCAGGUGACUGCGAACGACGUAGACCGAGGCUCAACCAUCACCUACAGCUUUCCAGACGACACAAACACAGAUGGUACGUUUGCCAUUGACCGCUACACGGGGGUGAUCACCUUGGCCCGAGCCCUGGACUACCAAGAGCAGACAGAGUACAUUCUUCACAUAUCUGCAUCCGACUCCAUCCACCAGACCACAGGAGAGGUCAAAGUUCAAGUGCUGGAUGUCAAUGACCAUCCGCCGGUGUUCACCAAGGCCUCCUACCAGGUGGAAUUGCCCGAGCUUGUGCCACAGGACACAUUUGUUUUGUCGGUUUCUGCCACCGACCGAGACUCCGGUGACAGUGGGAAGGUCUCCUACAAGCUCCUGACGUCUGCGUCACACGGAUUUUACAUUCACCCCAACAAUGGGUCGAUUUACACCAGCAAACCCAUGAGAUCAAGUGAAACCGGGAGCUCUGCCACCCUUCUUGUUGAAGCCAGAGAUGCGGGCGAUCCGGUGCUCUCGAGCGUCACCGCCGUUGACGUGCUAAUUCAUGACACCAACGACCAUGCGCCGGCAUUCCUUCAGGACGUCUAUACGCUGACAGUACCAGAGGACACCCCCAGGGGCACCACUCUCUUGACGCUGUCCGCAGAUGACCAAGAUUCCAGCCCUGAAAACACUCACCUAGAAUUCAGUAUUAUCAAAGGGAAUGAGGAGAAAAUAUUUUGCCUUGAAGUCCAAACAAUUCAAGUCGAGAAUCAAAUGAAAAACGUGGGACGGCUUGUUCUCUGUAAGCCGUUGGACCGUGAGGUUACAGAGCACCAUCAAAUGACUGUGAGCGUGUCUGAUCGAGGAACGCCUCCGCUGAACAACUCUGCUCUCGUGAUGGUGACUGUGUCGGACUGCAAUGACAAUUCCCCGUCGUUUUCCAGGCGUGAGUAUCAUGCUCAGGUCAGUGAGAACAGCCUGGUUGGUACCAAGCUGGUUCAGAUCAGAGCGCAGGAUCCAGACCUAGGAACGAACGGUCUGCUGAAGUACGAGAUCAUCUCCGGUAACAACAAAGGUCAUUACAAGCUCGACCCCCAGACUGGCAUCUUAGUGGUCAGCAGUUUACUGGACUAUGAAGAAGACCCGUUCUACACACUUACAAUCCGUGCCAUAGAUGGAAUGGAAUCGUCUGAAGAUAGGAAUGUCGCCUUCACAGUUGUUUUCAUCACCAUUUUGGAUGAGAAUGAUAACACCCCUUUCUUCACGUUCCCCACCUUUAACUGCUCGGUUCUGGAAAAUCAACCCGUGUUCACCCACACUUGCUCGGUCCGUGCGAUUGACAAUGACUUGGGCCCAUACGGACAGCUCACCUACUCCAUCCUGUCGUCCUGCUUCAUGGAUUACGGCAGCAACAGCCCUGAGAGGAGAGAGGCCUUUGCCAUCGACGCUCUUACAGGUGACAUUCACACUGAACAGACCUUUGACUACGAACGUGACAGCGACUACUGUUUUGUCGUGGAAGCCAGAGACAAGGGUGACAAAGCGGCGAGCGUCACGGUGCAUACGAAAAUCAGGGGUGUGGAUGAGUUUAGCCCCGUCUUCACCCAGAAGCAGUACCACUUUCUUCUGCCUGAAAACACCAAGUCUGGAGCGACAGUUGGCUACGUGAUGGCCAUGGAUCAUGAUAGAGGAGUGGAUGGAAUGGUGGAGUAUUCCCUUGUCAACUCGUCACCGUUUUUCGCAAUCAACAGAACUAUUGGAGCCAUUUCCGUUUCGAAUCACGUGUUUCAUCGGCGAGGCCGCUACGGCACUGACGACAUGGUUGAGCUGGUUGUGUCUGCAGGCAGUCCACGACUGGGCUCCAGAACCACCACCUGCCUUGUCUCUAUAAACAUCUCCAGUUCAGCAGAGGCUCUGACUGGGGUUCCACUAGAUGUCCACAUGUUCAGCCUCAGUGUCUCACUUGCUAUAUUCCUCCUUAUCCUUGUCAUUUUCGUGAGUUUGGUUUUGCGGUCCAAAAUGAAAGAGGCUGCUUUAAAAAAGGCAGCUACUAUAGCUGCACAGCAAAAUAACUUUUCAGGCUCCCUCAGUCAAGAAAGUGGACAAUUGAACGGUGCAGUUUCUCUGAUGGAAAUAAAGCGCCCCAGUAUCCUGGUGACCAAACGGGACACGUUGAACCCUUACACUCCCACGGAUUCCAGCGGCCGUGGAUCUGCAGAGGGCGAAACAGCUGAGGACCAGGAAAUAAAAUGGAUCAAUGAAUACUCUUGUCACGGAAGAGACAAGUUCAGACCCACUGAGGUCUCAGACUCGGCGUUUCCAGGGGACAGUAUAUCCUGUCACUCCAUUGAUGUCGGACCGGAGCACCUCUUCAAUGAGGGGAUGGUCAGCACAGACAGCAUGUACACGUUCAGAGAAGAGGGAGGCGGAGAGGGACUGCUACCUGUGACGCUCCGAGUGAAGGAUUUAGAUGAGGCCGUGGAAGCGAAAGGGUCCGCCCCUCUCUCUGACACGCAUGCUUUUGCAGAUUCUUUAUCAUCAAUCCUGUUUCCAGAGGAGCACAUGUAUGGAAUCUACAACUGGGAACACCUUUUGCAGUGGGAGCCUCGCUUCCACACUCUAGCCUCGGUCUUUACAGACAUAGCCAUGCUCCCCGAUGAGGCUCUGCAAGGACGACAUGAGGCAUUAGCAGCAGACUCUUGCAGCCUCAUGUACCCACCCCCUCUAAUAACAGGGGUAGCUCAACCAGGCAUCCGAACUGUGCUGCCACGGAGGCCGACUAGAGAUCCAAGCCUAAGAAGGAGGCCCUCUUACCCCAGGUAUGCCUAUUCUCCUUUAGGCAGGAACACAGGCCUAACCCCAUCAGCCAUGACCCCCACCUUCACCCCUUCUCUGACGUCCCUCACAAUGAGGACGCCUAAUGCUUCUCCAGUUUUGGACACCAGAGUCAGAGGCAUCAGACUUGAUGCUGGGCCCCAAACUGCAAGUCUACUGGAGGCCGAAAUCCAAGUAUAAAGACAAAAACAUGGACAGAAAGACAAAUUGAUGUCUGAGGUGGAGGUGGAUGAAGUGCUGUGAAAUGUUACAUGCGUCAAAGUAAAUGCAAAUCCACCCAGGUGGCAGCCAAUAUGCCCCUUAAUGUAAGCUUUCAUCACUCUUUAUGACUUGGAACUCAGGGAAAUGUAGCGUAACAAUGGAAAGUUUUAAGUACUCACCAAGUCAUUUACACAAGUACAGAUACUGUACAUCAGGAUAGUAGAGAGGUAUUUGCUCUUCGGUGCGCUCCACCUCUGCCUCAUUUUUUUAUUCAGAUGUGAAGUGAGACUCAAAGUUUCCGAUGCAGUAACAUCUUCAUUUACAGUAUUUAUUCCUGCCCAAGCUCAAAGGUUUGAUUCACGAGUCAUGAGCUGAUUUUACCUUGUAACUGUAAGUAACUGGUGAUAUUCAGAUGAGACUCCGUACAUGCUUGACUCAUUUGUCUUUCCAUUGUGUAGAUUAAAGUGCUAUUGAGGUUUUAAUGCUGCACAUUCUUUGAAGCUUUUCAGUCUUGAAAAUCAUUUGUCUGUACUUGAAAUAAGUCCUGACACAUGGGAAACUUGUGAGCAUUUCCAACAGUGAGGGGUGACCCUAACUCGGACCAUAGUAACUAUUUAUCACCUCCGGCGCCAUUGAGAGUGAAGUUACUGGGUUCCGUCACAACCAAUAGUUUGUCAUAAGCUGGUUAAUGAAAACAGAUAUUCAGCUCGUGGGCCGUGACACUUCAGAUAAAGUGUUUCAGAUGUCUCUCUCAGCAUUGCGUGUGCUGAACGUCUGUACGCACAAAUGAAACACAUUAUUAUCGUUCAGCAGUGAAAUGUUGGCCCUGGUCGGUUGGACUUCAAUAGCUUUAAUAGCACAAUGGUGGUGCUUAAAUUCCCGCAGUAAUAAAACAGUUCAUCUCAUGUAGGCAUGUAGUCAAAAUACAACAAGAUCACUGAAUUUGUUGGCCCUUCACUCAGCAGAUGACAAACCUUUAUCCGACCUUCGUUCUACAGUGGACUUUGUAAACAAACAUGGCUGACCACGAGAGCCAUCUCUUUCUGACACUCUACAUUCAGACCCUGUGCAACAUAUCAGCUGUUACUGUUUUAAUCUGCUGUAUGAAUGAGCCGCUGACCAACUCUGGUCACACACGCACACAAACAUUCCCCAACUUUACCUCUCAGACUCCGCCCAUUCAAACGUCCGCCAUUCUCUGCCCUACAACAACCAGUGUACUUUGUCAGCCCGGAAACCACUCACAGAAUAUCAUUAUAAAACAGAUGUCAUUAUUUUAUCAUCAAAUGUUUUUCUUUGUUCUGAUCUUUUGGGAUAAUAAGGCAUAUUUUAUUAAAAUCAUUGCAGCAUUUUUGGGAUAAAAAUGGACACAGAUUAAGAAUUUUCCUGGAAUUCAUUCAUUGCUUUGGAUGAUCCUACAGUUCAUUUUGGGAACUGUAGGAUGAUCGGUUGUAGUGCCUUGGUGGGGCAUUAAAAGACAGACAUUUUGAAAUUGUAUUCAGUGUCAAAUAUUGAGAUCAUAAGCUGUGAUGCUAACGAAUGAGCACAAACCUUUUCCUGGCUAACAGUCAUCAGAAAAAAUAAAUAAAGACUCAUCACUUCUUCUUCUUUCUCUUUCGGCUUCAGCAGAUCAUCUUCCUCCAUCUCCCCCUGUCCUCUGCUUCCUCUUCUCUCAAACCUACAAACCUCAUGUCCUCCUUCACCACCUCCAUCAAUCUCCUCUGUGGCCUUCCUCUCCACCUUCUGCCUGGCAGUUCCAACCUCAACAUCUUCAUCUACCAAUGUACUGGCUCUCUCUCUCUCCUCUGUACAUGUCCAAACCAUCUCCAUCCAGCCUCUCUGACUUGGUCUCCUAAACACCUGAGCACAUGUGCUGUCCCUCUGAUCCUAUCAUCAUCCUGCUCACUCCCAGAGAGAAGCUCAGCAUCUUCAUCUCUGCUACCUCCAGCUCUGCCUCCUGUCUUUUCCUCAGUUUCCAAAACCUUUCCUCAAGACUAAUCGCUAUGAGCAAGUAAUUCAUCAUUUAAAAGUAUGAUAUUUUAUAACAAGUAUUUGAGAAGAAAGCAAGUCAACAACGCAGCAUAAGAGUUAGCACACUUCACUUACACUUCCCAAACACAAUUAUCACGGAAAAAUACUCAAAGGAAAUGACCAAUCACUAAAACUGCAUCAGCACCAAACUGUGUCUGAUUUUCCAGUUAUGUUUACGCAA